CCGACUCGACUUAGUCCAUUGCCACCCAUGGUACUGGCUGUUGUUUCUUCUUCCAGCUUGGUCCCCAGAAAAGAACAAAGAAAAAAACGCCAAACUGGCCAAGUACUACUGCCACCGCUACGCCACCACGCGGCCACGGCCACGGCCACGGCCACGGUCACGCCUCGCCGCGCGCCGCCUCUCCACCGCCGCCGAGCCAUGCCCCCUCGACCCGCCGCCACCUCCCUCGCCCCCGCGCGCUUCCGCCCACCCGCUCGCGGGCCACCCGCACCCCGCGGUCGCGCAGUUCCCGCAGACCGGCUUCUCCCACCUCGCCGACCACCCGCUCAUCGCCCGCGCCGUCCAUGCGGUCGUCAUCCGCCGCGCGCUCCCGCUCGGUGCGUUCCACUGCAACACCCUCCUCGCCUUCUACUUCCGCCGCGCCCGCGCCCGCGCCCCCACGGCGGCGCUCCACCUGUUCGACGCGAUGCCGCACCGGACCGCGUCUUCAUGGUACACGGCCGUCUCGGGAUGCGUGCGCUGCGGCUUCGAUGGAAGGGCCUUCGGCCUGCUGCGGGACAUGCGGGAUCGCGAUGUUCCGCUCAGCGGCUUCGCGCUCGCCAGCCUCGUCACGGCGGGCGAGCGCUGGGGCUGGGAGGAGGGCGCGGCCUGCGGCGCUGCCAUCCACGCGCUCACACACAGGGCCGGCCUCAUGGGGAACGUUUACAUCGGGACGGCGCUCCUGCACCUGUACGGGUCCCGUGGGCUCGUGUCGGAUGCGCAGAGGCUGUUCUGGGAAAUGCCGGAGCGGAACGUCGUGUCUUGGACGGCACUGAUGGUGGCAUUGUCGUCGAACAGUUACUUGGAAGAUGCACUGCAAGCUUAUUGUCGGAUGAGGAGAGAAGGUGUUACCUGCAAUGCGAAUGCGUUCGCCACAGUGGUCAGCUUGUGUGGUUCCCUCCAGGAUGAGGCAGCCGGGAUUCAGGUCACUGCCCAUGUCAUGGUCUCUGGCCUCCAGGCGCAUGUCUCUGUGGCAAAUUCUCUGAUCACCAUGUUUGGGAACCUCGGGAGGGUGCGAGACGCAGAGAGGCUCUUUGAUCGAAUGGAGGAGCGUGACACCAUAUCGUGGAAUGCGAUGAUAUCGAUGUACUCACAUGAAGGAGUCUGCAGCAAAUGCUUUCUGAUACUUUCAGACAUGCGUCAUGGUGGAAUAAGGCCUGAUGUGACAACUCUGUGCAGCUUGAUAUCUGUCUGUGCCUCAUUAGAUCAUGUCGCCUACGGAAGUGGGAUUCAUUCUCUGUGUCUCAGGAGUGGCCUGCUUUCUUCUAUUCCUGUUAUCAAUGCUCUGGUUAACAUGUAUUCUUCUGCUGGUAAAUUGGAUGAUGCCGAGUUUCUGUUCUGGAACAUGAGCAGAAGGGAUAUAAUAUCAUGGAACACUAUGAUUUCAUCUUACAUGCAGAAUGAUAACUCGAUCGAUGCAUUGAAGACAUUGGGUCAGUUACUUCAAACUGAUGAAGGUCCACCAAACCACAUGACAUUUUCCAGUGCUUUAGGAGCAUGUAAAAGUCCUGGAGCCUUGAUGGAUGGCAGAAUGCUUCAUGCCAUCAUAUUGCAACGAAGUCUUCACAGCAACCUACUGGUUGGUAAUUCUCUCCUCACAAUGUACAGUAAAUGCAAUUCGAUGGAAGACGCCGAGAGAGUAUUUCAGUCAAUGCCCACUUGUGAUGUUGUUAGUUACAAUGUUCUUAUUGGGGGCUACGCAGCGCUUGAGGAUGGUACGAGGGCAAUGCAUGUGUUUUCUUGGAUGAGGGAUGCCGGGAUAAAGUCAAAUUAUAUAACAAUGAUAAAUAUACAGGGAUCUUUUAAAUCUUUAGAUGAUUUGCGUAUCUAUGGAAUGCCCCUACAUGCUUACAUGACACAGACUGGAUUAUUAUCAGAUGAGUACAUUACUAACUCACUGAUCACAAUGUAUGCAACCUGUGGUGAUUUAGAAUCUAGCACUGAUAUAUUCCUUCGAAUCAUCAGAAAAAGUACCAUUUCCUGGAAUGCCAUGAUAGCUGCUAAUGGACAGCAUGGCCAUGGAGAGGAAGCUCUAAAGCUCUUUAUGGAUAUGCAGCAUGCUGGAAACAAACUUGAUCGUGUUUGUCUAGCUGAAUGUUUGUCAUCCAGUGCAAGCCUGGCAUCAUUAGAAGAAGGCAUGCAGCUACAUGGUCUGGGUGUGAAAUGUGGUCUGGAUUCAGAUAGUCAUGUUGUUAAUGCUGCAAUGGAUAUGUAUGGGAAAUGUGGAAAGAUGGAUGAUAUGUUGAAAAUGCUUCCAGAUCCUGCCAGUCGACCUACGCAAUGCUGGAAUACAUUGAUAUCAGGUUAUGCAAGAUAUGGUUAUUUCAAGGAAGCUGAGGAUACGUUCAAGCACAUGGUCUCAAUGGGGCGAAAGCCAGACUAUGUAACAUUUGUUGCUCUUCUCUCGGCUUGUAGUCAUGCUGGUCUAGUAGACAAGGGUAUUGAUUACUAUAAAUCUAUGGCUUCUACAUUUGGUGUGUCCCCUGGAAUAAAACAUUGUGUUUGCAUAGUGGAUCUCCUCGGUCGUUUAGGGCGAUUUACUGAGGCAGAGAAAUUUAUUGAAGAAAUGCCAGUCUUGCCAAAUGAUCUAAUAUGGAGGAGUUUGCUGUCUUCUAGUAGAACUCACAAAAAUCUGGAUAUUGGGAGGAAAGCAGCCAAGAAUCUUCUUGAAUUGGAUCCAUUUGAUGACUCAGCUUAUGUUCUUUUGUCAAACUUGUAUGCUACAAAUGCAAGAUGGGUAGAUGUUGACAAAUUAAGAAGUCACAUGAAGACCAUCAAGUUAAACAAAAGACCUGCCUGCAGCUGGCUUAAGCUGAAGAAUGAGGUGAGCACCUUUGGUAUAGGUGACCAUAGUCAUGUGCAUGCUGAAAAGAUCUACGCGAAGUUAGAUGAAAUCUUGCUAAAGCUCAGGGAAGUAGGUUAUAUCGCUGAUACGUCAUCUGCACUGCAUGAUACGGAUGAGGAGCAAAAAGAGCAAAACCUUUGGAACCACAGCGAGAAGCUUGCAUUGGCAUAUGGGCUUAUCGUUGUUCCAGAAGGAUCUACAAUAAGGAUAUUCAAGAACCUUAGGGUCUGUGCAGACUGCCAUUUGGUAUUUAAGCUGGCUAGCAUGGUUUUUCGUAGGGAACUUGUUCUUAGAGAUCCUUAUAGGUUCCACCAAUUCAAAGGCGGAUCAUGCUCUUGUUCAGAUUUUUGGUGAGUUAGACAUAUGCAAAUGGCAGUUGAUUCAAUGUUUAAGAUUGUACAUGCCAAUACAGGACUCCCUCCUGUAAAUCACACAUAUGAAAAUCGAUGGAGCUGGAUAUUGAACUCGAACAUCCCUUUGUGUGUGAA